AUGUGCAUGUUACUCUCACUGCCUGAUAAAGCCCGAUUUGAGGCACAGCAGCUUUCCUCCACUCAAAUCCAAGGGUUUAUCAGAAGUGCCGAAAUCCCUCCACCUUCCCCAAGGCCCGUGUGCACCUCUCUCGGUCCGGCGCAGCACGGCCCGGCUCUCCCGAGGCCCGGCCAGGGCAGCCUUCCCUCCCCGCGCUGCGCCCACCGGGGCCGGGCACCGCCGGGGGACCUUCCCUCCUUCGCUCCCUCCCGCGGGCCUCACACGGGCGGCUCUCCCUCCGCCGCCUCCGGACUAUUUCCCGCACAAGCCUGCUCUCCCUUACCGCCACGGCCGACCCGCCAGAGAGGGCUCAAGCCCGGCAGCAGGGCAGGAGACAGCCACGGCCCCGAGCCCCCGCACCAGCUCGCGUCAGGCUCCACAGAGGCGCGGCCCGGGCAGGGACGCCCCCGACCGCAGCCAUCUGCUCUUUCUAGUGUCCAAGAUGAGGCUGUGGACAAAAGCAACUUCAAGAAAUGCAACCAGAUUGCUUUUUACAGGCGUCAGAAACUUCUACAUCCUGGAAAGUCCUUGUAUCGAGUGUUGUUGGAUUCAGUCACAUUAAGUGAUGAGAGUGUCAAAUUCCAAAUCAUUCAUGAAAAGAAUAAGAUUCUUCUACAAGUUGAAAUUUAUGAAAUAGAAGGCAAUAUUUUCAGGCUUAAAAUUGAUGAGGCAUCUCCUCUCAGACCAAGAUACAAAGUUCCUGAUGUUCUUAUAAAGGAACCUACCACCCAGAGACUGUUCAUAUCCCACAGGGAGGCAGGUAUUUUGGUAUUGUCAAGUGUUAAUGAGGACUACAAACUUCAAAUCACAGCAAACCCCUUCCAAGUUGAGCUGCAGUCCAAGGGUGAGACUGUUAUGAGCAUGAAUUCCAAUGGGUUGUUGUAUUUUGAGCACCUACAAUCACCUCCCAGUGACAGAAAACCUACAGCACAAAAUGAGGAGGCAGCAAGCGAUUCCUCUAAGGAAAAACAAGAGGAUCUAGGUCUCUGGCAAGAGAAAUUUGGCAGUUUCUUAGACAUCAAAGCUCAUGGUCCUACUUCUGUAGGUGUGGACUUCUCUUUACAUGGAUAUGACCAUGUUUAUGGAAUACCACAACGCACAGAAACACUUCUUCUCAAAAACACCAGUGAUGGUGAUGCCUACCGGCUCUAUAAUUUGGAUAUUUUCGGCCACAAGAUACAUGACAAAAUAGGCAUUUAUGGUUCAGUACCCCUUCUCUUAGCACACAAGCCUAGCAGAACUUCAGGGAUCUUCUGGCUGAAUUCUUCAGAAACACUGGUGGAUAUUAGUACAAAGGCAGUAGCUGAGCACACUCCAUCCAGAUCUGCUGCAGAGAUUGCUAAGCAGAGAGCUGUGCCUCUGACUGACGUACGCUGGAUGUCAGAAAGUGGGAUCAUUGAUGUUUUCCUACUGAUGGGACCCACUGCAUUUGAUAUCUUCAAGCAGUUUGCACAGCUGACAGGCACUCAAGCCUUGCCCCCACUUUUUUCUCUGGGCUACCAUCAGUGCAGGUGGAAUUAUGAAGAUGAGCAAGAUGUCAAGGCAGUGGAUGCUGGCUUUGAUGCACAUGACAUUCCUUAUGAUGUCAUAUGGCUGGAUAUAGAGCACACAGAUGGCAAGAGGUAUUUUACCUGGGACAAACAGAAAUUCCAGAACCCCAGAAAGAUGCAAGAGCAUCUCAAGAAGAAAAAACGCAAGCUUGUGGUCAUCGUAGAUCCUCAUAUUAAGGUUGAUCCCUCGUAUACCCUGUAUGCACAGGCAAAAGAAAAGGGAUAUUUUGUGAAAGACAGAAAUGGGAAAGAUUUUGAGGGCAUCUGUUGGCCAGGUUCCUCUUGUUACCUGGAUUUCACCAAUCCUGAAGUGCGAAAAUGGUAUGCAGAUCAAUUUGCCUUCAAAACAUACAAGGCAUCCACUAAUAUCCUCUUUGUAUGGAAUGAUAUGAAUGAGCCUUCAGUCUUCAAGGAGGCAGAACUAACAAUGCAGAAAGAUGCUGUGCACUACAAUAACUGGGAGCAUCGGGAAGUGCACAACCUCUAUGGAUUCUACCAGCAAAUGGCAACUGCAGAAGGACUUAUCAGACGUUCUUCAGGAAAAGAGAGACCAUUUGUCCUUGCACGAUCUUUCUUUGCUGGAUCACAGAAGUAUGGGGCAGUGUGGACUGGAGACAACACAGCAGAGUGGAGUUACUUGCAAAUAUCCAUUCCAAUGCUUCUUACCAUCAACAUGACAGGGAUUUCAUUCUGUGGAGCUGAUGUGGGAGGGUUUAUUGGAGAUCCAGAACCAGAGUUACUUGUUCGCUGGUAUCAGGCAGGAGCCUACCAGCCCUUCUUCAGAGGUCACUCUAACAUGGAGAGCAAACGGCGCGAACCGUGGCUCUUUGGGGAGAAGAACACCCAGCUCAUCAGGAGAGCCAUUAGAGAGCGCUACGUCCUCCUGCCCUACUUAUACACUCUGUUCUAUCGGGCACACGCGGCGGCCGAACCCGUCAUGAGGGCUCUCUGGAUAGAGUUUCCAGGGGAAGUGGAAACUUUUGAUGUGGAAAAUGAGUACAUGCUGGGAAAUGCUUUGUUGGUGCAUCCAGUCACAGAGAAAGAGGCCAAGACAGUGACAGUUCUGUUUCCAGGGUCAGAGGAGAUUUGGUAUGACUUCAGAAAAUUUAAGCGAAUGGAAGAUGCAGGCACAGUGAAGAUCCCAGUAACACUGGAGAAUAUUCCUGUAUUCCAGCGGGGAGGCACUGUGAUACCACUGAAGACCACAGCUGGAAAAUCCACUGAAUGGAUGAUAGAUAUUUCUUAUGAGCUCCACGUGGCCUUAGACAAAGAGGCCUGUGCCAUAGGUGAGCUCUACGUAGAUGAUGGACAUUCAUUUCAAUAUCUCCACAAGAAACAGUUCCUGUAUCGGAAAUUCACUUUCCACAAGAAUGUUCUCUCUUCCAGGUAACAGCAAUUAUGG